GAAGAUAGGUGCAAGUUAGCUGUCAAAAUAUCUUUGACGUUCAUUUCUAACCUCAAAUAUGAAUUUUUAAAUUUGCUGAAAAUAUAGAAAAAAUGUCCGAUGCCGAGCUGCAAGAAGAAGAAAGAGAGGCUUUAUCAUCGAUUUACGAUGGGGAUGAAAAUUUUAAGCAGAUAAACACCACCACAUAUCAGUAUAAAUAUGGGGAAUCGGAUACCCCCAAGUCUUUUAUUGUUGAGAUAAAAUGGGAAGAAACUUAUCCCACGGAUUUGCCUGUUGUAAAUAUGGAGACUUUUUACAAUAAGCACAUUCACCCAUUUGUUAAAGCAAAGGUUAUUAGUUUAGUUAAAGAAGAAGCUGAGCAAUUUUUAGGAAUGUCAAUGACAUACUCGUUAUUUGAAUUUGUUAAAGAAAAAUUUGAAGAUUUAAUGAAAGAACAGCCUGAAGAAACUGAAAUAGCUGAUGUUGAUAGAUUAAAAAUUUGUGAAGAGCUUGAUCAACAAGAAAGUGUGAAAAAAGAAAAGAAAGAGCAAUUAACAAAAGCACAAAAACGGAGGCAAUGGAACAGAACAGAUGCCAAAGGUGAAAAACCCAGAGGUUGGAACUGGGUGGAUUUAGUAAAACAUUUAUCUCAGACUGGCUAUAAGGACGACCCAAUUGGUAAUUCCUAAGUUGGCCUGAAAUGAAACACAUCUGAUUAAAUUUAUUGUAUUGUAUUAUACUUUUAAAAAUUUAUACAUUCUUUUUCAAGUACAUUUUCCAUUGGGUUCUGUAAUCCCCCACACAAAUUUCGCUUGAUUUCAAGUCCCAUUCUUUAAGAUCUAACACAGUGAAGAACAUUUUUAGUUCAGAGUUGAUAAAUUGUCUAAAUGUUGAAUGAAAAGAUAUUGGAAUGUUGUAUAAAUCAUUUGGGGGCCUUUCAUAUGAUCUCAUCAAAGUAUUUAAUCUUGACAUUGGAGUAGUUUGGUGCAAAUAUCUUUUGGGAAUAACAUCCUAAAUGAAUCAAAGAUUUAAAGAUUUUGUUAAUAAAUAUUAAUUUAACAUACCACAUCAGUCUCAUAAUACCAACAAAUAGCAAUAGCCAGUAAACUAGCGUAAAAGUAGGCUUCUAUAAUUUCCUUGGUACUUUCAACUUUCUCAAAACAAACAUGUAUGGUGCCAGAUUUUACAUUGGGCAGUAUAAAGUAUGGUUUAUCUUCAAAAUUUAGCAAAUGCUGACUUAAUUCCUCUGGGAUGUACGAUUUUGACAUUUCCUUUACUGAUUGACCCAUUUUAAUUUCAAAACC